UUUUCAAUAUUAUUGUUACUACGUUUACUAUUAUCUUAAACCAUGUUCGACGAGGAAAAAGAGAUUAUCAGUAAUGCUCAGAGUCGCAUUUUAGACUUAUUUGUCGAGCUAGAUGACAAAGAGUUAAAGAGUGUGGAACAGUGGUUAGGCAGUAAAAAGUAUAGAAAAGAUUUAGAAAAUAAGAAAUCAAUCAUAAGGUCUGACAAAUUACUACAAAAGAUAGGAGAUACAAUAAAGAAAAUGGUACCAUUUGAAGCAGAGUUGCCAUCGGAAAACAUAAUGUUGCCAGCUGUUGGAGAUCAAGCAGAUUGCCACAAAGUAAAUACUCGUCAUGUGGACGAGUUCCUGUAUGACGAAGAACAAGUUGAAGAGCUUGUUAAACAGGGAAAAUUAUCGAGACAUUACUGCCUAGACUGCAAUUCACAAAAUAUUAAGGAGCUUAAUCUUAUUUCACAUUCUAUGUCAAGAAUACAACUUCAGUAUAUAUUUAAAGUUCUGCUUCCAAAGGAUCUGGAGGAUAAACAGAUAUUGGAUGUGGGUUCCAGAUUUGGUGGAAUUUUGUAUUCUGCAUAUUAUUUUACAAAUGCAUCAAAUAUUAUUGGUAUAGAAAUGAAUAAAGAAUGUUGUGAAAUACAAGAAAAGAUAAUAGAACAAUUUGGAAUGGAUAAAAACCGAAUAAAAAUUGUCCACUCUAAUGUAACUGAUAAAGAAGACUUAGUCAAGAAAUCUAAUAUUUGCAUCAUGAAUUGUUUUGAUUUCUUUGUGCCUACAGAGGAACACAAAAAAUUGUGGUACUUUUUCAAGGAACAUUUGACAAAGGGAAGUUAUGUUGUUUUGAACAGAAGUAUUGCAGAUACAUUGACUGCAUUAGACAUGUUUGAAGAAUUUAUAGAUUGGCUAAGUAUUUGUAGACCAUUUCAAUUAGAUAAUGAGAUUUUCUUUGAUGUGGAAGAUUUCCAUGAGAUAUUUCUGUACACUGUUAAUUAAAUGUAAUAAAUUA